UUUUCGCCUGCCUUUCACUCUGCAAUUGUACUGAGAUGUGUGUGCGAGACAGCCAUUGUGAAGCAACCUUUGCCCUGAAGGCAUGAGCUAAUUUGAAUGCAUGCUUCAGUAGUACAGCAGACAUUGAGGAAAGUCUGUGUGGAUUACCAGCUGAUGUUGUGUGGAAUAAUUGCACCUGCCUUCGAAAAUAGAGUCAGCAGCUCCAAGCUCUGGACUAUGCAGCGGCGUGAUCUCUUUGUCAGAUACCUAAAGGUCGCUUGUCCCUCCAGCACCCGCAUGUGAAUAUUUCUGCUUCAAGGCUGUGUGCACAGGCAAGGAGACCAGCUCCGGGCUUAGCCCUCCCUUCCUGGUAUCCUGUUUCAGAGAUCUGCCUUGCCGCUCACACAACUCAGCUGUCUCCUGUAGGUGUGUUUGUUCAUUCCUUCUUCCGCAAAUUUGAGCUGCUUCUACUUCCCAUUGUAUUAGUAAGCCAUUUUAGACAUUGCUGAGAGAUUGGGAGAAUGAGAAAGUGCUAAAUGUACAACGGCAAGUUGAAGAAUGUGAACCUAAAGACUAUUGGAAAACAAUCUUCAGCAUUAAACAGUCGGCGUCCUUAAUGAGCGAAACUGCACUGAGAACAGGAUCAGUGUGUUCACGGAAACCUAAUCGGAGCAUUUGUUAAUACAGGUAGUGAGCACCACCAGAAAAAGUGGCUUCAACUCACAAAACCAAUGACAGUGUCGACUCUAACAAUAUCCGAGCCCAACAGCUUGCCAAUGGGGACACUCUACAGUGAUGGCUGUCUGUAGCUUGAGUAGUGAGAGACGUACUCCUGCCUGUCUUCUAACAGGGAGGCAUGCCACAAACAUUGACCUCUACAAGUAUGUUUAAUACCAGUGGCUUUAGCCAUGAACUUCAACCAACCAAAGAAAACGAACAUGAAAGCCUGAUAUUUCAGGAUGGUAACCUUAUCUCGGCAUCUUUAGAGGCUUUGAUCCAACACCUCAUACCUACAGUUGAUUAUUAUCCUGAAAAAGCAUAUAUAUUUACAUUUCUACUGAGUUCAAGAUUAUUCAUCGAACCCCAUGAGCUGUUAUCAAAAGUAUGCCACAUGUGUAUAGAGCAGCAAAGUCUAGACGAGCCAGUGCUUGACAAGGCACGAAUUAAAAAAUUUGGACCUAAGAUAAUGCAGUUGAUGGCAGAAUGGACAGAAAGUUUCCCAUCUGAUUUUCGGGAUGACAGAAUGAUUGCACAUCUAAAGGACAUGAUCCACAGGAUAGCGCCCUGUGAUGAGAGCUAUUGGAAGACAAUGAAUCAGCUUUUGCAAACAUUGAACCAAAAACUGGCGACUCUAAAUCAAGGUGAAGAAAACACAGUCAAGCUCAAUGCUAGUGUGUCCGAUAAACUGGUUAUCAUCAAAGCCAAACCUCCGUCCAUUCAAAGAGAUAUACUGAGUAUUUGCAAUGAUCCAUAUACCCUGGCACAACAGCUAACUCACAUAGAAUUGGAACGGUUGAGUUUUAUUGGCCCUGAAGAAUUUGUACAAGCAUUUGUACACAAGGAUUCUUUGGAAAACCCAAAGUCUUGCCUCAGUGACCAAAAGAAAACAAACAAUCUUGAAGCCUAUGUCAAAUGGUUCAACAGACUCUGCUAUUUAGUAGCUACUGAAAUAUGUAUGCCUGCGAAGAAGAAACACAGAGCACUAGUGAUAGAAUUUUUUAUUGAUGUUGCUCGAGAAUGCUUUAAUAUUGGUAACUUCAAUUCCUUGAUGGCAAUUAUAUCUGGUAUGAACAUGAGCCCUGUUUCUAGGUUAAAGAAGACAUGGGGGAAGGUUAAAACAGCAAAAUUUUACAUUCUUGAGCAUCAAAUGGAUCCUACAGGUAACUUCUACAACUACAGAACAGCUCUCCGUGGGGCAGCUCAUCGGUCACUGACUGCACACAGUAACCGAGAAAAAAUUGUUAUCCCUUUCUUCAGCCUGCUGAUCAAAGACAUUUACUUCCUAAAUGAGGGAUGUGCAAAUCGUCUUCCUAAUGGUCAUGUGAAUUUUGAGAAAUUUUUAGAAUUGGCCAAACAAGUAGGAGAAUUUAUGAUGUGGAAACAGGUUACGUGUCCUUUUGAAGAUGAUCAAAAUAUCAUUCAUUAUCUUCAUACAGCCCCUGUCUUCUCUGAAGAUGGUUUGUAUUUGGCGUCAUAUGAAAGUGAAAGUCCAGAAAACCAACUUGAAAAAGACAGAUGGAAAACUUUAAGAUCAACACUCUUGGGAAAGACCUGAGUAUGUUGGAGUACAUUCAGAAUACAAAUCUACUAGUACCACAGCUUGCACUAUUGACUUCAGAAACUAGCAGAGACCUAGGUUUUCCUGAACUUUGAUGAGCAGGAUUCAUCAGUCAGAGUCGUACAAGUAUGAAGAGAAAAAAUAUUCCCUGCUUGAAACUCUCUCUAAACAAGCAGUUUUUAAAUUAUACAGAGCUUAUCAAUAGGAAGCUGGAUAAUGCUAAAUUUCAGAAACUGAAAUACUUUUCAGUCGGUACAUGUCCUGAUACUGACUUAGAUGAAUUAGAUUGCAAGACAUGAAAAGAUUUCAAAGUAAGUACUUCCAUUUUUUAACAUAUCCUGGGACUAGAUAGUUCACGUUUUGAAUUCUGCCUGAAAUAGGUUUGGACAUGUGAACUGAACUCAAGAAGCCAGGAUUCAGGAUUCAUUGUGUAAAAGUAACUGCUGUUUAUCUCAACUGAAAGAAAUACUUCCAUUUGCAGGAAGGUCCUACUAGACUGACAUUCAGUUGUGUACAUUAUUUAGUAAUUUCCUAGAGCACAUAUUUUGUGUUGUAAUAUUUUACUCAGUGGGUACCUGAUCUCAUCAUCUGCAUGCAUUUAAAAUGUCUCAUUAUAGUUUGAAUUACUGUGACAUUUUCACUUGCUUACUUAGCAAGCUUAGAUGAUACAAUUCAUCAAUAAUAUUAUUUAAACAAUAUAGCAAAACAUAAUGUGCAUUUUGUGAUAUGGAAAAGAUUUUGAACUAUAAAAUGCUAAUUGUCAGUAUGCCUCAUUCAUAUUAAAUCACAAAUUAAGACAACAAAUUUAAACCUGAUCAAAUGUAAUAAAAGCGGGUGGAUACUUAACAGGUUGUUGUUAUAUUAUCUGUGAAGUUAUUUAACAGUUGUCUGUUAAAUCCCUGUAAAUAUUAUUACAUGAGGUUUACAUCUGGCAGAUACAUGAUAUUUCCUUCUGAAUUGGGUAAUUUUAUUAUGUAAAUAUGAUUUCAAUUACUUAUACUAAUUUUAAUUUAUAGUAAAAAAAUUUGUUGACUUCAAUCUGAGUGGUCGUGGUGGUAAAGAAAAUGAGGAAGAGCUAAGUCUAUAUGAAAGCUGUAUACGAUCCCACAGUUAUUUGAAAUUUGGGAAUUUAGAGCCAUUGAAGAUGCAUGUAGUUGUGACAGACAUAUAUAAUGGCAUUUACUUAUUACUUAAGUACGAGAUAUUUUUGUAGUACAUAAUAUUGUAAAUGGUGUUACAUAUUAACCAAACUAAUAUCAUUUACCUGAGAUAACAAGGUGUAGAGCUGGAUGAACACAGCAGGCCAAGCAGCACCAGAGCCGCAGGAAGGCUGACGUUUCGGGCCUAGACCCUUCUUCAGAAAGGCAGUUCAUCCAGCUCUACACCUUGUCAUCUCAGAUUCUCCAGCAUCUGCAGUUCCUACUGCCUCUGAAACUAGUAUCAUAUACCUGUUGUCAUAUAUACAUAUCAUGUUGGGCACCUGUGACCUGCAUCCAUUUACAAGCACGUGUUUUGCAAAUAUUUGAUAAUGAUUAUCCCUGCACUGGAGGUGGCAAGGCAGGAAGAUCAAAUAAUUAACCCCUGAGAGAUCCUUGCCACCUUCUGCCAACUCAGCCAUUAUGUCCUUAGUGAGAAAUUUUAUGGGCGAGUAGUCAAUUUAAGAUUUCAAUUAGUCAAUUAACAGCUACUUAAGGGCCUCAAUUCACCACCUGCUUCAUUACCUACCUUAUCAAAGACAGAUAAAGUAGCUGGCUUCCAACUGGAUAAACGGGGCAAUGAGCCUGCUGGUUUAAAGAAACUUUUCUUUUUGCCCAAAUUAGAGGCAAAGGAAAGGUAAGGACAAAAGGAUGGCUGAUGAAUGCCCUUGCCUUUGCCUCUGAUACCCUAAGUGUUUGAAUCCAAUAGAAAAGCACUUGCCUUCAUAUUGUUUGAUUGCCUGAAGUUUAGACCUCCAGGACAAUCUCUAAAAGCCAGAAGCUGCUGACAAUUCAGGGGCUGGCAGCUUCUGCCUUCAAGAGAUUUCAGUAUCAAGGUUCAUUAUUGUCAAGAUGCUCACUGUGAGUUUUUCAGUGAUCAUCUGGAGUUUAACCUGGAGGGAUUCCUCACCUGUGGAGGUAGCAAGUCAAUUGCCCCAAAGACCCUUAGUUCCUCACUUAGUACAUGGAGCCCUAAGUAAUGACAAAUUUUUGUUGUUAUAAAUUGCACUUCAAUUACUUUAAUCCAACAAGGAUAACCGUGAUCACACAUAACUCUAGAGCAGAUAUCUACCUGUUCCUGAAUGGUGGCAAAGCUGCUGGCUGUACUUGGAUGUGUUGCUUCACAGGUAUUUUGAGGCUUAAAAUGUGUACAGUUCUCCAUUUUGCUCUGGUAUAUAAUCACAUUCUGACAUUUUACUCUUGAAAAUCUGUUUUGUGGUCAAACGCUUCUUGUAAAAAGCCUAGAGAGCAUGAUUCCUUCUAAAGGUUUUUUUUAGUUGUACGCUUUAUUUGGUUAAAAAAAAUUGAAAUUAAUGCUGUGGUAUUUGAAAAUUGAAUUUUUAUACUACUGUAUGAGAUUAUUAAUGGAAAUAUUGUUGAUAAUAUUCUGGCUAAUUUAUCUGUGCAUAGGAUUUAUAUAUUAUGUGUAAUUUAUAC